AUGGAUUUCGGAGAGAUCAUUGGUGAGGCUGCUCCUUGUGUGAGCAUCCCAACAAAGAGCGCCAUAUACGUUUGGGGUUACAAUCAAAGCGGACAAACAGGAAGGAAAGGGCAAGAGAGUCUUUUGCGUAUCCCAAAACAGCUUCCUCCUGAGCUUUUCGGUUGCCCCGCCGGUGCCAAUUCGCGGUGGCUCGACAUCUCCUGUGGUCGAGAACACACAGCCGCGGUUGCAUCAGACGGAUCUCUCUUCACCUGGGGUGGCAAUGAAUAUGGUCAGCUUGGGGAUGGAACCGAGGUCGCGAGGAAACAUCCGAAGAAGGUGAAGCAGCUGCAGUCAGAGUUUGUCAAGUUUGUGUCCUGUGGAGCUUUCUGCACCGCGGCUAUAGCGGAGCCCCGUGGAAACGACGGCUCCCUUUCCACGAGCAGGCUCUGGGUUUGGGGACAAAACCAGGGAUCAAAUCUGCCACGCUUGUUUUCGGGGGCAUUUCCCGCUACCACGGCGAUCCGUCAAGUGUCAUGUGGGACAGCUCAUGUUGUGGCCUUAUCAGAGGAUGGCCUUCUUCAAGCUUGGGGCUAUAAUGAACAAGGCCAGCUUGGUAGAGGAGUCACUUGUGAAGGACUACAAGCACCUCGUGUGAUCACUGCUUAUGCGAAAUUCCUUGACGAAGCACCCGAGCUUGUGAAGAUUAUGCAAGUCUCGUGUGGGGAAUACCAUACUGCUGCUGUAUCUGAAAUGGGCGAGGUUUACACUUGGGGAUUAGGAAGCAUGGGUCAACUCGGUCAUGUUUCUCUUCAAUCCGGAGAUAAGGAGUUAAUACCAAGGCGAGUCGCUGGUCUCGAUGGCAAGUCCAUGAAAGAAGUUGCUUGUGGCGGUGUACACACUUGUGCUUUAUCUGUGGAAGGAGCACUUUAUGCUUGGGGUGGUGGCCAAGCAGGACAGCUAGGACUUGGUCCCCAGUCCGGUUUCUUGUUUUCUAAUGGAAGCGAAAUGCUUCUACGCAACGUCCCGGUUUUGGUCAUCCCAACCGAUGUCCGGCUUGUUGCUUGUGGCCAUUCUCACACCCUCGUUUAUAUGAGAGAAGGACGGAUUUGUGGAUGGGGUUACAAUAGCUAUGGUCAAGCAGCAAAUGAGAAAUCAUCGUACGCUUGGUACCCGUCGCCUGUAGACUGGUGUGUAGGACAAGUGAGGAAGCUAGCAGCAGGAGGUGGUCACUCAGCUGUUCUAACCGAUGCAUUCUCGUUGAAGGAGCUGUGUGAAUUUCAAUUAGCAGAUAGUGUGAACCUCUCAAAUGCUUCAAUGAUUCAAGAUGUUGCAUUCCGGAUGGGUUCCGAAGCUUUAGCCCGCCUCUGCGAAAGACUCAGGGAGCAGUUGCUUGAUGGAGACUUUGCAGAUGGUGAAGAAGUGUAUUAG